UUGCUUUUCCACACGUGAAGUAACUGUGUGUGCCGUGACUCCAGGGUCAGUGCGGGUUACUGACCAGGGUACACAGUCUAACUCGGAUCUCUCCGCCCACUGCCGAGUUACACGCAGCACAACAAACUGUUUCCUUAUUCACAUCUCAACAGUGCUGAAAUAUGACUCGUCGUGUGGCAGUGAUCGGAGGAGGUAGUUCAGGUCUGGCCUGUAUCAAGUGCUGUCUGGAUGAGGGGCUGGAGCCUGUCUGCUUUGAAAGCAGCGAGGACAUUGGUGGUCUGUGGAGGUUUAAGGAGAAUCCAGAGCCAGACAGGGCCAGCAUCUACCACUCUGUCAUCAUCAACACCUCCAAGGAGAUGAUGUGUUUCAGUGAUUUUCCCAUUCCUGCACACUUCCCCAACUUCAUGCACAACUCCCUCAUCAUGGACUACUUUCGCAUGUAUGCCGGCAACUUCAAGCUUAUCAAGCACAUGCGCUUCAAUACCAAAGUCUUACAGGUGAAGCAGAGAUCAGAUUUUUCUCAUUCAGGCCAGUGGGAUGUUGAGACAGAGAACAAGGAUGGCAAAAAGGAGAAACACAUUUUUGAUGCUGUGAUGAUCUGUAUUGGACAUCACUGCUUCCCCAACAUGCCACUACAUGACUUCCCAGGCAUUGAGACUUUCAAGGGGAAGUAUUUCCACAGCCGGGACUACAAGACUCCUGAGGAGUGGAGGAAUAAAAAGGUUGUAGUGAUUGGAAUAGGAAACUCUGGAGGAGACAUAGCAGUGGAACUGAGCAGAGUUACCAAGCAGCUUUACCUGAGCACUCGAAGGGGAGCCUGGAUUCUGAACAGAGUCGGGGACAAUGGGUUGCCCCUUGAUUUGUUUUUUAACAGGAUGUUGAAUUUUCUGCUGGGUAUCCUACCCUUUGGUGUUUUCUGUGGUCUGGGAGAGCGGCAACUUAACAAAAGAUUUGACCACACUCUGUACAAUCUGAAGCCAAAACAUAGGUUGUUCAGCCAGCAUCCCACAGUGAAUGAUGACCUUCCCAAUCGCAUCCUAUCUGGGACAAUUCAGGUGAAGCCCAACAUCCGCAGAUUUCAGGGGUCCAGUGUGGAGUUUGAUGAUGGAAGUGUAGUGGAGGAUGUUGACCUGGUGGUGUUUGCCACAGGUUACAGGUUCUCCUUUCCGUUCCUGGCCUCACAAGUGGUCUCAGUGUCUGAGAACAAAGCAUCUCUGUACAAGUAUGUGUUUCCUCCUGAGCUGGACCGCCCCACUCUGGCUAUCAUUGGUCUAGUGCAACCACUGGGAGCCAUUAUGCCCAUUUCUGAGAUGCAGGCCAGAUGGGCCACACGUGUCUUUAAAGGCUGCAUCAAGCUUCCUUCAGUGGCUUCUAUGCUAAAAGAUAUCCAGUGCAAGCAGCAGGCAAUGGCUGGAAGGUAUGUCACCAGUCAGAGACACACCAUUCAAGUUGACUACGUCGACUACAUGGAUGAGAUUGCAGAGCUAGUAGGGGUUCGAGCCAGCUGCCUGAGGCUGCUGCUGACUGACCCCAAACUGUGGCUGAAUGUGUUGUUUGGUCCCUGCACGCCAUACCAGUAUCGUCUCAGAGGGCCAGGGAAGUGGGCUGGGGCCCGUCAGGCCAUCCUCACUCAGUGGGAGAGAGUAGCUCAACCCAUGCAGACAAGACCCUGUGAUGAGCCCAAACGAAAGACGUCGAUAAUGUGGCCUCUGAUUCUGUCAGCUGCUGCUCUUGGUUUGGCUGCCUACAUUAACUGGAACAAUCUUCCCGCUUUCCUACAAGAUCCCACUGCACUGGUGGACAAGAUUAAACCGUACCUGCCUGCACAGUGAUGUGGCAGUCAUACUUGCUCAUUUAACACAUUUAUCACAGAGUGCUGUACAAUUAGUACUUUGUAUGUGGUAAUUUGCAUUGAAAGUGGAACAGACCACAAAAAUGUAUUGAUCACACUUUUUAAAUAUUUAUAUUUUGGUUUUCUUUGCAAUACUAGAACAUGAAAUUAAGCAUGGCCCAACGGCAAUAAUGCUACAUUUUAGUGUUUUGUGUCUCUUUUUUAAGUCAUCUUUGUAUUAAUAUAAUCAUUUAAUUAUGUUAUUAAUAUAUAAUUAGCUCACAUCCUCCUGUGCUGUACCACUGCACCUAAUAAAAUGCAUCACUUUGCACG